GCUGGGGCGGAGUUGGCGCGAGAUAGGAAAGUGCUUUUCGGAGUCCCGGGCGGGCGCGAGCCACGGAGCUGCAGCAGUAGCAGCAGCAGCAGCCUGGCUUGCGCGCGCUAUUCAGAGGGGGUCCUUUAGCGGCAUCCGUCCCCCCACCCCCCUCCAAGUUCUGGUAGCCUUUUCUGUUCUUUUGGAAGUUUCAUUUUAUUAUUAUUUUUGGCCAUCGCAUGAUUUGAACGCAGAGGGGAAAAAGGCAGGAUGUCUCGCAGGGCUCGCUGUGAAGAGCAAGAUCAACUGCAUUACCAAGAUUCAGAUGCAUCUGAACGGCGGGAUAACAGAUGCAAAGUCAAGUGGUCACGUGAAGAGGAUGAGCUCUUGAAUUCACUGGUGACACAGUUUGGACAUGACUGGAAGUUCCUAGCAAGUCAGUUUCCUAACCGCACUGAGCAGCAGUGUCAAUAUCGCUGGCUUCGGGUGCUAAACCCUGUCCUGGUUAAAGGUCCUUGGACUAAACAAGAAGAUCAGAAGGUCACUGAAUUAGUGAAGAAGUAUGGCACAAAGCAAUGGACGCUCAUAGCCAAGCACUUGAAAGGCCGGCUGGGCAAGCAGUGUAGAGAACGCUGGCACAACCACCUGAACCCGGAGGUGAAAAAGUCAUCGUGGACAGAGGAAGAAGACCGUAUCAUUUGUGAGGCUCACAAGGUUUUGGGGAACCGCUGGGCUGAAAUUGCGAAGUUGCUGCCUGGGAGGACAGACAAUGCUGUGAAAAACCACUGGAAUUCCACAAUCAAAAGGAAGGUGGAGACAGGAGGCUUUCUUAGCGAAGCAAAAGACUCUAAACCCCUCUAUCUCCUGGUGGAGGUGGAAGGAAAGGAAAGCCAAACUGCACAAGAAGUUGAAAGCCAGCAAACCUUGUUGACAGACUGGCCCGUUCAGGCCUUGGAAAUAAAGCAAGAGGUAGCCAUGGAUGAAGAAUCUGUUGGCCUGCCAAAGCUGCCUCCUGAGCAACUCCCAGAAAGCCUGGCGGACGACAGUAUCGCGGGAGCAUCAGAAAACACAGCGCCUGACAGUGACCUGAAGGAAGGCUCAUCUCAGUACACAUGGGUGGUCGAAGCAGGCAGUUAUUUGUGUACCUCUACGGCCCCAGCUAUUACAGAAGCUCUGGACAUGAUUGAAUCUGACCCAGAUGGUUGGUGUGAUCUGUUUCAAUUUGACCUCCCUGACUACCUGUCUACAAGUAACAGCAGCAGCCCAGAUAGGCAAACAUCCCUCAAGCCCUCCUCCACCUCGCAGAACGUGACAGAGUACCGUUUGGAUGGCCACACCAUUUCGGACCUGAGCAAAGGCAGCAAGGGCGAGCUCAUCCCCAUCUCCCCUUGCACGGACAUGAGCUUUGGUACACCGCCUUCUGUGCUUAAGCGGCAGAAGAAGAGGAAAGUCGCGCUCUCGCCUGUUCCAGAAGGGUGGACCAGUGGCAACCUCUCUUUCCAGGACUCCUGCAACAGCAUGACGCCUAAGAGCACCCCUGUCAAGACGCUGCCAUUCUCCCCCUCCCAGUUCCUGAAUUUUUGGACCAAGCAAGACACUCUUGACCUUGAGAACCCAUCUUUAACUUCCACUCCUGUGUGCAGCCAGAAAGUGAUAGUGACUACCCCGCUACACAGAGACAAGACACCGUUGCUUCAGAAAAACUCGGUAUUUGUGACACCUGAUCAGAAGUACAUCACGGACAAUACACCUCAUACACCCACACCUUUCAAGAAUGCUCUGGAGAAGUAUGGACCAAUUAGGCCUUUGCCUCAAACGCCUAACCUGGAAGAGGAUUUGAAAGAAGUACUACGGAGCGAGGCUGGUAUUGAGCUGAUCAUAGAAGAUGAUGUGAAGCCAGAGAGACAGAAGAGGAAACAGGGUAUGCACAGGAGUCCCAUUAAGAAGGUCAGGAAAUCUCUAGCCCUUGACAUUGUGGAUGAAGACUUGAAGCUGACAGUUUCCACCACGGCCAAACCUGUUUGUUUCAAAAGAUCUCAGUCUGUGAACUUCCUUCCGCAGUCCCUAAACCUCUCUUUGUCAAGCAGCAGGAAUGACAGCAGCUUGCUCAACAGGGGGUUUGUGCAUGUGAAGGCAGAGAAGGCCCCGUCUUCCAAGAGAAUCCAAAGCAAAUUCAGACCACCUCCUCUGAUGUCCAGUGCUUGGAAAACAGUGGCUUGUGGUGGUUCUAAAGACCAGCUGAUCAUGCAAGACAAAGCUCGACAGGUCUUGGGCGUGUUGAAACAGAACCACACAUCACGGAACAUUAAUCUUAUCUUGAAGAACUCUUGUAAACUCCUGUAGCCAUGGGUGGAGGGAGGGAGAGGAAGAGAACCGAACCGAACCUGGAAUGGCAUUCUCAUACCAGCUCCUUCUUUGUGACUCCUGAGCUCUACCAUAGAUGUCCUUGUUCUGAUUUAUUGCUCUAAAUUCUGGGUUCUAAGUAUGAUAUAGAAAACAAUGUUCAGAAAAGAAUUUUUUUUUAAAGUUUGGCAACAGCCCUGCAUUAAUUGAGCUGAGACAUUCUCACUUCCCUUGAGAAACCUCUACCUCCCUUUUCAUUUUGAUAAAAAAGAAUCAGUUGGUUUGCAAAGAGGGACAUAAGAGAAGUGAAUCAAUUCCUGGGAAAGAGAAAGCCCUGGACUUCUGGAUUUGGUUUUGCCUCUUUGAGAUUCUUCAUGUGUAAUUAUGUUUAAAGUCCCUGCCCGUUCCACCUGGCUCUUUUGGAACUUUUGUCUGAUGGUAACGGGCAAAGGGAUUGAGAUGGAAGGAAGAAGAACUGCUAGCAGUUGGAAAUGUCUGCAAUAUGCUCUUUAGAGUGGACAAACUCUGUGAACUGGGAUGUGGUCUGUUGCACUAUGUAAAGGUAGGCAUCAAAACCUCUUCUCCAGAGUAUUGCAGUCUUAAGAAUAUCAAAAUCACUGCCUCCAAAGAGGUACACCAUUGCCUCUUACCCUGAUCUGCUAUUUCUUGCUAGGUUGCAUAUGAUGUUGUGGUUUGCUUCUGAGUAUUUUAUAUUUCCAAGUCCACCAGAUGGUGCUGAUGCCAAUCUUUUCGCUCCAGCUCUGAUAUAAGGAAAGGUGCAGGCUGCUUGAAGCGAGCUGGUCUGCUCAGUGCUGGGAGAGUUAAUCGGCUUUAUCACUUCACAACUGCUAUGGUAAAAGGAGCUUUUGCAGAGAUCUGUAUAAAUCACACGUGAGUGAAAGUCUGGCCCAUACCCCUUGAAAGAAAGCGUGUCCUAGAUAAGAUACGUCUCUGUCUUGCAGUACUUGUCUUCAGUCAUGUUAUAGAUAGGUUCUUCAAAGCACUCUUACACUUUGCUUCAGAUUAGUUUGAUGUAAUCCCUGGGAAAGCAAUUCAAACAGAUCUUCCCCAGUGUAUCAACCUUUUUCUUUUAAUGGCCUCCACUAACCAGGCCUGAGCUGAAACAAGAGAGGCCAGAGAGUAAUGUGGUUCUGUGUUGUAUACUCCACAGCACGUCAUUGUCUGGAGCUUUGUAUUCUUCCUGGGCAUAUCAUGAGUUGUGUUGUCAGAUCAAUCCUGCAGAAGGAGACAUUGUGAAAACUGCAUUCUUAACUGAAUCAGUUCUAGAUGCCUAAAAUGAAUUGCAAAUUGGUGACCGAUACCACAGAUUUCCAUGCUUCCCAACCAUCCGAUGUAUGCUAACAGCCACUUCACACAUUUUCGUUUUACAGCUAUAUAGAUAAAUGACAAAUGAGUUAGCAAAUGCCUGCAUCAAACAGGUACACUAGGCAGGAAGUGGUGAUUGGCUGUGGUCCCCAUUGACUAACCAAUGCUUGCCUUUGCAUAAUAUGUGAAAUUAUCCUUGCAACCAGUGUAGUGCAUUGAUUUAGAGGACAAUCUGGAUGUAGGAAGUCUAGUUGUAUAAGAAGAGCUCUGCUGGACCAAACCAAAAGCCGGUCUGGUCCAAUAUCCUGUAUCCCAUAAUGGCCAAUCAGAUGCCUCUGGAAAGUCCACGAGUAAGAUAGUUGUUUCUGAGCAACUGGGACACAGGCAUGGUUUCUCUGAUCUUGUAGGUACCAUAGCUGCCAUGAUAAGUAGCCAUUGAUACCUCCCAUGAAUUGAUCUAAAACCCCUUUAAAGUUGUCUAAAUUGGUGGCCAUCUUUGCAUCUUGUGGAGGUGAACCCCAUAGUUUAGCUAUGGGAUUUGUAGCUCAGCCAGAAGUGCUUGGACAUUUUAAGUGUGCAUCUACAUCCUGCACCUUAUGGUGGGUGCUUUAAUGCACAUGUUUGGACAAAGAAAAUGGAUUUGACCAAUGCCUCUGCAACAUGUGCUUAUGGAGGGCGGCAUGCUUCUCUUAUCUCUCCAUCGUUCAGUCUUUGAAAUAGCACUUUAAGUCAACCUGUGCUGAAGAGCUUAUUGGAUCGCUCUGGGCAAGCAAGACCCCAUUUCUCAGCCUAACCUGCCUCAUGGGAUGGAUGUAAGACAAACAGCAUGGCUCUGAAUUUUUGUGUGGAAGGAACUGUUAUGAAAGUAAGACUACUUUGUGGGAAGAUGUCACAGUUCGUUCCGAUGUAAAUGCCUGUUUGGAAAAAACCAGGUGAGGUUUUCUUGGUGAAUAAUUAGUAUUAUUUUUGCUUUAAGAACUUAUCUUUCUUAGAACCACUGUCAUGGCUAAAACCCUAAAUAAAUUAUCAUUCAUUGUAGAAAGUGAGGCCGAUUUGAUUUGGAGUCUGCUCUAAAUUAAAAGAUUAUGAUGAAGGUAUUAAAAGCCAUUUCUAAUCCCAUAAAUCUGAUUCUACCAG